AUGGCACGUAAUGUAUCAUACAUGCUUAAUUUGUUUCAUACAAGCAAGUAUGUGAUAGAGAAUGGUAGCAUCAACACUUUUUUGAAUAUGCCGGAUCAUGGUUUGUUUGUUGAGGAAAGGUUGUCAUAUGAGAGAUUGAUUAGUAAGAUUUGUAUGACACUUGGUUGGGAUCCAGCACACGUGAAACUCCACCUUUCUUUGAUUUUUGAUAGUCCCGGUGGUAGGCGUAUAGUGAAGAUCAAGAAUGAUUCGCAUGUAGAGUUCAUGAACCGUGUAGAUCCAAUGUCAUGUUUGGAUUUAUACAUAGAUUUGGAAGAUAUCACUCACGAAGAAAGAGAAGCGAGUUUGGAAAACAACGUGUCAUUUGGUGGUUUUCCAAGGGGCGAAGAAGACUGUGAUGUCUCCGGAGAGAGUGAUUUUGAAGAAAGUGAUGAUGAAAGGUUGGAAAAUGAGGAAAGGGAUUGUAAUCCAUUGCCCCGACGCCAUGUAUAUAGUAAGAUGGGGAAAUGGGAUGCCUCAUGUGUGGACAAGGAUGAGUUUGCUCUUAAGAUGUGGGAUGAGACGCCUGAAGGAAUGGACACUGGUGUUUGUUUCAAAUCUCAAUCAGAAGCAAAGCAUGCUGUGAAAUUAUGGAACACCCAUCAUAAAAGGGAAUAUACGGUCGGCGCGAGUAGUCCAACGACGUGGGCUGUGCGGUGCAGAACAUUAAAUGUGGAAAGUGAGGAUGGUGAACCACCAUGGUUGUUGAGCGCAAUGUCACAGAUGGAUGAAUGGCGUGAUUUAGGUGAUGGUGGCCACUUUCUUUGCCUCCGUCACAUUCGUAGCAAUCUUGUGUCGCGAUAUAAUAGUAAAAAGGUGAAGCGGUUAUGUUGGAAGAUAGGCACGACGCUUUCAAGAGUGAAAUACAACCGAUUGAGGUCAGAGCUUAUUGAAUUCAAACCUGCUGCAUGGAAGUAUCUUCGAGGGAUUGGAAGGAGUAACUGGGCUCGAUUGAAAACCGAUUUUCGCUAUUGGGGCAUAGCGACAACCAACAUUUCUGAGAGUUAUAACAAUGCGUUGAAAGGAAUCUGGUUUUUACCAAUUAGAUCCUUGAUCGAUGCAACCUUUCGCAAAACUGUAAAAUUCUACAAAGAAGAACAAUUAUCUGCCAGAAAUUGCAUGACACCGAUCCCUCCUGAGUUAUGGAAAAAAUACGAGAAAAUGAACGAUAAAGCAGUCAGUUUUGAAGCCACCCCUUUUGAUGGUGAUGAUGCUAUGUAG